AAACGUCACGUGACUCGAGGCGGAGGGAACAUUCAAACCUGUAGCAGCCGGUAGCGACAGAAACGAUAAAGCCCACAAUAAGCAGCAGGUCACAAUGAGCAGACCGGUGAAGGGUAAAACCCCCCGCAGACCUCCUCCAAAAUAUGCUCCCAGCAGCCAGAAAGACCCAGUUGGGGUGUACUGCCGUGUACGUCCCCUGGGUCUGGAGGAUGAGGAAUGCUGUAUUGAGGUGAUCAGCAGCACCACCAUCCAACUGCACGCCCCUGAAGGCUUCAAAACAAACCGCAAUGGAGAGUACAAAGAGACACAGUAUUCCUUCAAAAAAGUCUUUGGGGUUUCCAUAUCUCAGGUGGAGCUGUUUGAGCAUGUGGCCAAACCUCUUGUGGACGACCUCAUCCAUGGAAAAAAUGGCUUGCUCUUUACUUAUGGCGUGACAGGAAGUGGAAAGACGUUCACCAUGACUGGCUCUCCAGGCCUGGGUGGACUUCUACCUCGCUCACUCAACAUGAUCUUCAACAGUAUUGGCCCCUAUCAGGCCAAAAGAUAUGUGUUUAAGACGGAUGAUAAAAAUGGUAUGGAGGUCCAAAAUGAAAUUGAUGCUUUGUUGGAGCGACAAAGACGGGAAAACAACUUGCCUGUUCCUAAAACAACUUCCUCAAGACAAAAACUUGAUCCUGAAAUUGCUGACAUGAUUAAGCCGGAGGAGGCUUAUAAAGCUGAUGGUGUGGAUGAGGACAGCAGCUACAGCAUCUUCGUCUCCUACAUAGAAAUCUACAACAACUACAUCUAUGAUCUCCUGGAGGAAAAUCAGGAAGAUGCUAUCAAACCAAAGUGGAAUGGUGGAGGCACACCUGUGCGUCUGAACACUGAGUUCAUACCACCUCAGUCUAGAAUCCUCAGAGAGGAUCAGAAUCACAACAUGUAUGUGGCUGGAUGUAUGGAAGUCGAAGUCAAGUCGGCUGAGGAGGCUUUUCAAGUAUUCUGGAGAGGUCAGAAGAAGAGGAAGGUUGCAAACACCCGGUUGAACAGAGAGUCCAGCCGCUCCCACAGCGUGUUCAUUAUUAAACUGGCUCAGGCUCCUCUUGAUGCAGAUGGUGACAACAUUCUCCAGGAUAAGAACCAGGUGUCUGUCAGUCAGCUGUGCCUGGUGGACUUGGCAGGAAGUGAGCGCACUGGUAGGACCGGGGCUGAAGGCACUCGUAUACGUGAAGCAGGUAACAUCAAUCAGUCUUUGCUGAAUCUGCGGACAUGCAUUGAAAUACUUCGAGAGAACCAGAUGUGUGGCACAAACAGGAUGGUCCCCUACAGAGACUCUAAAGUAACCCAUCUGUUCAAGAACUACUUUGACGGAGAGGGGAAAGUCAAAAUGGUUGUUUGUGUCAAUCCCAAGGCUGACGACUACGACGAAACUUUGCUGGUGAUGCGGUUUGCGGAGAUGACCCAGGAGGUAGAAGUCGCGCGGCCAGUGGACAGGCCCAUCUGUGGCUUCACUCCUGGUCGCCGCCAUAGAAACCAGGCCUUCAAAGAGGAACUGUCUCGCAAGCUGGAGGAACGUGGCGGUCCGAUAGACAGGGAUGUGCCCUCUGUUAUAAACCACCUGGCGCACAGCCUCCCUCCUCUCCCCUCCUCUGAGCUCACUGACCCUAACGAUGACAUCACCCUGCCUAGGCUGAUCGAAGCUCUGCAGAACAGACACAGAAUCAGGCAGAUGAUAAUUGAGGAAUACAACAAAGCAGCCAACAUGAUGCAGUCUAUGCUUCAGGAACUGGACGGCAACCUCAUUUCCAAAGACAACUUUAUUCAUGAACAAAAUGGCCGACUGGCAGAGAGAGAAAAAAUCAUCCAGUCCAACAGGGCAGAGAUGGACCGUUUGGAGAAGAAAACCAAGAUGCAAGAACAUAAGAUUGACAUCCUGCAGAAAACCACUAAAAUCUAUGAGGGCGACAAGCGCUCACUGCAGCAAGAGCUGGAAACCCGAGACCAGAGGCUGCAGAGGGAGCAGACUGACAAGAGACGCAUGGAGCAGCGCAUGCAUGGUGUGGUCUCAGACACGCAGCAUAAGUGGGAGAAAGAAUGUGAGAGACGCGUCAAUGCGAAGCAGCUGGAGAUGCAGAACAAACUCUGGGUGAAAGACGAGAAGCUGAAGCAGCUCAAAGCCAUCGUGUCGGAGAGCAAGACUCCAGGUCGCCCUGAUCCCCCGCCACGUCAGACGCAGCCUCCUCAGCGGUCUUCCAGAGAGGAGCGCAUCCCUGCAAAGAGAUCGGCCUCGCCCUCACCGCUCCCUCCUUACUACUUUGCUCCCCAGUGCCCUGUUGAUUCUCCCCAUGUCAGUCCAGAGCCAGGGUCACAGCCAUUCAGUUCCACUAGUGUUGAGGAGCUUGAGACGUGCCCAAGGCCAACCCGUCCCGUCCCCAGUAGCUGUAGCUCUUUGUCUGUGGCGAGCCGCAUUUCCGCAUGCGAGCACUGGGCGGAUCAGGACAGCAGGCAGGGUCACUGUUCACCUAUCACACCCACAAGAACACAGUCUCCGGCAGCCCCUUCAGCAAGCCGGGCCAGGAGGAGAGCUCUGUGUUGGUCUAGAGAGGAGGAAGAAGUCCCCCCAUCCCGUAGGCUUGAUCUAGACCUAAGUGAGAGAAGCUACAGGACGACGACACCGGUGCGCCAAUUGCACCGUCGCUCUCGGUCUGCAGGUGGGGAGAAGUGGGUGGACCACAAGCCCACGUCAAGCCUGGACUUGGGUACGGUUUUGCAGCCCGUCAUCCCUAAUGCCAUCCAGGUGUCUGCACCCAGCGAGAAGGCCCUGUCGAAGUGCGACAGAUACGUAUUGACGCACCAGGAGGUCGCCUCUGAUGGCGAGAUACAGACCAAACUUAUCAAGGGUGAUGUGAUGAAAACCAGAGGAGGAGGACAAGCGGUCCAGUUCACAGACAUCGAGACUCUGAGACAGGAGCUCACCACAGUACCAGGCCGCAAGAGAAAAUCUUCAGAAGGUGCUCCAGCCAACGGCGAGCGAAAAGAUGGAGCUUGGACGGAUGUGGAGACGAGGUGCUCUGUGGCGAUGGAGAUGAGGGCUGGAUCCAACAUGGGUCCUGGUUUGGAGCAUCAUGGCAUCACCAAGCGCAGAAAACCCUAAAAGCAGCUGACAGCUGCUCCAAUGAUCACUCCCCUCCUCAAUAUCCUCACCCUGGCUGUUGUGCAAUAGUCUAUCACUUUUUAUAUUUAGCUCUAGUGAUGAUAUUUAAACAUUUUCCAUGCUUUUAUAUACGCAGGAAUGUAUAUACAUGGGUUACCAAAGCUUUGUAAAAUAUUUUAUAUGUUGUAUCUGAACCAAUAGAAAAGAAGUGUUACUUGAUUUUGUCAAGGAUGGUGGGAAAUAUUUAGCUGUGCGGCUGAAAAGUCCCUGCAAGUUUGUGUGUGAUGUGGUUAGGUUUAUUACUUGGCACAUGAGUUCUCUUGGUGAAGUUGCCACGAUUCUGAUCUUUGUCUGCUACAUACGGUUUCUGUCUCUUGAUCUGAGAAUUAUAUUCAUCUUCAAAUUUGAAAAAUCCAAUUACUUUUGGAAUUUCUGUCUCCAUAUGUAAAACUGACUUAUCCUGCCUUCACUGUACAUGCAGGAAUAAAAUUCAUUUAAAGCGCU